AUGCUCUCUUAAAAUUAAAAAAGAAGAACCCAUUCUAGCAAAUCUUUCCUUCCUUUUCCCCUAGCUGCUUCUCUACCCCAAACUAAAAAAAAAAAAAAGGACUGUGUUAUGGACGGCGGUGCUUCCUACAACCCACGUACAGUCGAAGAAGUAUUUCGAGAUUUCAAGGGUCGUCGAGACGCCAUGAUUAAAGCUCUCACUGUUGAUGUUGAAGAGUUUUACAAUCAGUGCGAUCCAGAGAAGGAGAAUCUUUGCCUCUAUGGAUACCCCAGUGAGCAAUGGGAGGUGAAUUUACCUGCUGAAGAGGUGCCUCCAGAACUUCCUGAGCCUGCGCUGGGUAUUAAUUUCGCCAGAGAUGGGAUGCAGGAAAAGGAUUGGUUGUCUUUGGUUGCCGUACACAGUGACGCGUGGUUACUUUCUGUGGCUUUCUAUUUUGGUGCUAGGUUUGGAUUCGAUAAAGCUGAUAGGAAACGCCUUUUCAAUAUGAUAAAUGAUCUUCCGACAAUAUUCGAAGUUGUGGCAGGAGUGGCUAAGAAACAGACAAAGGAAAAAUCAUCAGUUUCAAAUCAUAGUAGCAACAAAUCUAAAUCAAACUCCAAGCGAGGUUCUGAGUCUCAGCCCAAGUAUCCGAAGGCGGCAAUGGCAAAGGAAGAGGGUGAAGAUGGUAUGGAAGAGGACGACGAUGAGGAGCACAGAGAGACGUUAUGUGGGGCUUGUGGAGAGAAUUAUGCAGCGGAUGAAUUCUGGAUUUGCUGUGAUAUUUGCGAGAAAUGGUUCCAUGGGAAGUGUGUUAAGAUUACGCCAGCAAGGGCUGAGCAUAUUAAGCAGUACAAAUGCCCAUCGUGCAGCAACAAGAGAGUGCGACCUUGACGACUGCUGCUCGGUGGCUCGUUUGAUGUGAAAUCAGAUGUUAUAGACUUUCUAACUGUCUAGUAGGUGGACUAGUUCAAGUUUGUUUGUAGUAAA